AUGAUGCAGCAGACCUGUAUAUCGUGCAAUGUGAAAAAUAGUGGCAUGAUAGCUAUUUAUCAACAUCCAAAUGGGUUGGAUGACAUGUUCCGUGCAAUCACGGAUGUUGAGGUACAAGCGGAGGAUCAUCUUUGCGUGCUGUGCUACGAUGACAUGAAACUAGCCUAUCGCUUCAGGCAGAGAUGCCGGCAGAACAUGACUCUUCGCCUAACUAAUCAGACAGAGCGAACGCAAUCUCUGGCAGCGUCCGAGCAGAGUGUAAACAGUAGUACAGACGUUUCUACCACGGUUAACGAUCCAAUAAGCUUUAAGGAAGAGAGUGCAAAGGAGCACACCAACAGAGAAAACACUCUGUUGGAAAACAAUCCACCUGUUCUACAGCUGGAAGUGGUAGAAGAACUUGCUUUAGAUAAUGAAACCCUUCCGGAUGAUGCGGAGAUUAGCAUCGAGAUUGUUGAACUGGAACAGGAAGCCAAAAAUGUAGUGCAAGAGCAGAACAAAUGUGAUUCAGAUGAUCCAAACGAAAACGUCAAGGACAAAGGCAAUAACACCACAAAACAUCUCUCGGACGACGAACAUGUGACACCUUCGGACAACAUGUCCUCAACCACGUUGGACAAAGUCGAUCCCAAAAAGGAAUUUUUACCACGACUCCCAAAAGUGCACAGCCUGAUGUGUGAAUAUUGCUUCAAAGAGUUUGAACUGUUGGCUGAAAAAAUCGAACACACCGAGGGGCACCUGUCGGAACCGAAACCGUUCAAAUGUGUACAGGAUGGGUGCGGUGGUGCGUUUAAGGAUCGGGUUGGUUUGCGAGCUCACGUACGGAUACAUGCGACGGUAAAACGGUACGGCUGCCGGUACUGUUCGAUGCGGUUCCAUACGCUGGGCAAUCGGAAUGCACACGAGCGUACACACAACGGGGAGAAGCCAUUUAUUUGUCCCAAGUGCGGUAAAGGAUUUGCGGAAGGUGGUAAUCUUAAAAAUCAUAUCCGGUUCCAUGACGGUGAGCGGCCGUACACCUGUGGUAUGUGUGGCAAGUCGUAUCGAACGCACUAUUCGCGCUCGGUACAUAUGCGGUCACAUACAAACGAUCGACCAUUUGUAUGUGAUGAUUGUGGGAAAGGAUUCUACUCGUCUGGGAAGUUGACGAUCCACCGGCGGACACAUACGGGCGAGCGGCCGUAUGAAUGUGGAACCUGUUCGGCAAAGUUUGCCGAUACAUGUGGACUGAGAAGACACAUGAUAAAACGGCACUGAGUUGGAAGCUUUCAAAUU